ACUCCAAGAUGAGAGCGAGCUGCUAUUUGAUGGAAGGGGUGGACAUACAUGAUGAUGGGGUUGCUACGAAAGGCAGCGGGAUAUUUGUGAUAAGAACAAAUCACAUUGCUUAAAUAUAAUUUCCUUAAUAGCUGUAACUAACAAGGAAGAAUAUCAGCACGAUAUGCAGUUAUGAAGCGGGUACGCACGGAGCAGAUCCAGUACACUGUAGCUCAGUACCUGAAGCGGAGGCAGUAUGUGGAUACUGAAAGUUCCCUGAAGGGGGCUAAACUGUCCCAGUCCGCAGAGGAGAUGGCUGCCAACCUCACAGUGCAGGCAGAGUCGGGGUGUGCAAACAUUGUCUCUGCUGCCCCUUGUCAAGCUGACCCUCAACAGUACGAGACCCAAUUUUCCAGACUACGCAAUUUUCUCUCAGAAGCGGCGUUGCCAUGGGGCCAGGAGGUGAGCUGCGUCCUGUACCCGCUCUUCGUUUAUCUCCACCUGGACAUGGUGCGCUGCAGCUUGAAGGGGGCGGUGGAUGGCUUCUACAGCCGCUUCCACAGCCUCUUCCUGGGGGACGCCGAGCAGCGCUCCACCGUGGAGCAGCUUCGCCACGUCCUCACCCAGCAGGAUGUCAACGCCAACCCUAAGCUCCUGGCCUUCCUCGACCACAAAUACGUGGUGAAUCUGACGGAGCCGGCCUACAGUUACUUGUUACGGUAUCUGCAGAGUGAAGACAACAGUACCCUCUGUAGGGCCCUCAGCACCCACGUCCAGGUAGAGGUCACCUCCUCACCACGCACCGACUACCAACUGUACGGGAUGACGGGAGCAGGAGCCGCCGGGGCUGCCAUCACGGCCCCCAACUCUACCUCCUCGUGGUCGGGAGCGGAUGGCCCUGAGCGAGAGGAGGCGGCGGGGGUGGAAGUCCCCACAGGGAUCCCGCAGAGCGAGGUGGCCCUGGAGGCACUGCAGGACUGCAUUAAGAAAGUGCGUGAGGGGCCACCAUCGCUCACCACCGUGUGCUUCUACGCCUUCCAGCACACGGAGCAGCUGCUGAACGCGGCAGAGGUGUCGGCCGACAGCAAGCUGCUGGCCGCCGGGUUCGACAGUUCGGCCGUCAAGCUAUGGAGCCUUAGGGCCAGGAAACUGAAGGCCAGGCCACACCGGGCCGACGUGUCACACAUCCGCUUAGCAUGCGACGUGCUGGAAGAGGAGGCAGAUGAAGAGGACGGCUCGGGCAGCGAGAUCAAGACCCUGCGUGGCCACAGCGGUCCGGUGUUCCGCACGGCCUUCCUGACAGACAGCUCGGGCCUGCUGUCCUGCUCGGAGGACACGUCCAUUCGCUACUGGGACCUAGGGAGCUUCACCAACACGGCCCUCUACCAGGGCCAUGCCUACCCCGUCUGGGACGUGGACGUCAGCCCCUGCAGCCUCUACUUUUCCAGCAGCUCCCACGACCGCACUGCCCGCCUCUGGACCUUCUCCAGGACAUACCCCCUGAGGCUCUACGCCGGCCACCUAGCAGACGUGGACUGUGUCAAGUUCCACCCCAACUCAAACUACCUAGCCACAGGCUCCACGGAUAAAACUGUCCGCCUCUGGAGUACCCAGCAGGGGGCGUCGGUGCGCCUGUUCACAGGCCACCGCGGCCCUGUGUUGUCUGUAGCUUUCGCGCCCAAUGGGAAGUACCUGGCGUCGGCGGGCGAGGACCAGCGAGUGAAGCUGUGGGACCUGGCCUCAGGCGCUCUGGUCAAGGACCUGAGGGGCCACACGGACAGUGUCACCAGCCUGUCGUUCAGCCCCGACAGCAGCCUGGUGGCCUCCUCUUCCAUGGAUAACUCAGUCAGGGUGUGGGACAUCCGAAACUCCCAUGGGACGACCCACGCGGAUAGUUCGUCCAGCGAGCUGGUGGGGCUCUACACGGGAAACACCAGCAACGUGCUCAACGUCCAGUUCAUGGCCUGUAACUUGCUCCUGGUGACGGGAACGGCGCAAGAGAAACAUGGACAGUAGACAUUUUGUUUUGUCUGGCCUGUCUGUCUAUUUAGUUUAGUUUUAAAAGACUGUUUUGUCUGGAGGGUCUCAUCUCAGACAUGGUCACCAUGGAGACAUACAUGUUAUCUUCCCUAAGCCAAUUACAGAGAGGUAUAAUUUCAGGUCAAAAGGUCACUUGCUAAAAUUGCCCACUCAAGAGGUUGUUUUUGACAAGAUCUCUGAGUAGAAAAGAGAUGUUAAUCUGAACAUACUAAAAAAUGACUUGGUUUUAUUUUGAUGCUUAUAUCCACAAUGCCAAAAUGAGAAGUUACAGUUGAAGUCAAAGUUUACAUACACCUUAGCCAAAUACAUUUACUCAGUUCUUCACAAUUUCUGACAUUUAAAAGUAAAAAUUCCCUGUCUUAGGUCAUUUUAGGAUCAACACUUUAUUUUAAGAAUGUGAAAUGUCAGAAUAAGAGUGAUUUAUUUCAGCUUUUAUUUUUUUCAUCACUUAAGCCAUUUUGCCACAAUUUUGGAAGUUUUCUUGGGGUCAUUGUCCAUUUGGAAGACCCAUUUGCGACCAAGCUUUAACUUCCUGACUGAUGUCUUGAGAUGUUGCUUCAAUAUAUCCACAUAAUUUUCCUGCCUGAUGAAGCCAUCUAUUUUGUGAAGUGCACCAGUCCCUCCUGCAGCAAAGCACCCCCACAACAUGAUGCUGCCACCCCCGUGCUUCACGGUUGGGAUGGUGUUCUUUGGCUUGCAAGCCUCCCCCUUUUUCCUCCAAACAUAACGAUGGUCAUUAUGGCCAAACAGUUCUAUUAUUAUUUAUUUUUUUCAUCAGACCAGAGGACAAUUCUCCAAAAAGUGUCCCCAUGUGCAGUUGCAAACCGUAGACUGACUUUUUUGUAUGGCGGUUUUGGAGCAGUGGCUUCUUCCUUGUUGAGCAGCCUUUCAGGUUAUGUCGAUAUAGGACUCGUUUUUACUGUGGAUAUAGAUACUUUUGUACCCGUUUCCUCCAGCGUCUUCACGAGGUCCUUUGCUGCUGUUCUGGGAUUGAUUUGCACUUUUCGCACAUUAAUCUCUAGGAGACAGAACGCGUCUCCUUCCUGAGCGGUAUGACAGCAGCUGAGCGGUAUGACAGCUGCGCACCCAUGGUGUUUAUACUUGCGUACUAUUGUUUGUACAGAUGAACGUGGUAUCUUCAGGCAUUUGGAAAUUGCUCCCAAGGAUGAACCAGACUUGUGGUGGUCUACACUUUUUUGGCUGAAUUUAUUUUGAUUUUCCCAUAAUAUCAAGCAAAGAAGCACUGAGUGUGAAGGUAGUCCUUGAAAUAAUCCACAGGUACAUCCAAUUGACUCAAAUGACGUCAAUUAGCCUAUUAGAAGCUUCUAAAGCCAUGACAUCAUUUUCUGAAAUUUUCCAAGCUGUUUAAAGGCACAGUGAACUUAGUGUAUGUAAACUUCUGACCUACUGGAAUUAUGAUACAGUGUGAUAAGUAAUAAGUGAAAUCGUCUGUCUUUAAACAAUUGUUGGAAAAAUUACUUGUGUCAUGCACAAAGUAGAUGUCCUAACCGACUUGUCAAAAUUAUAGUUUGUCAACAAGAAAUUUGCGGAGUGGUUGAAAAACGAGUUUUAAUGACUCCAACCUACAAGUAUAUGUAAACUUCAACUGUACAUGUAAGAGGGUAGAUUCAUUAGAAAUAACUUUUUGAUUUAUGGCAUUUUCACCAAGAACUACCUGAUGGGUUCUACUAGUGAGAACUCAUAACUUUUCAGGUUUCCCAAAUAUUUCCAAUAAAUUCACAUCUAAGUAGAGUUUCCAGGUAGAAUGUUAGCUUGGCAUGGUUCCGGAUGAGGAUUGCAUUUUGGGUCUAGUGCCUUGAGGGUCAACACCUGUUUUAUUCGGUCACGCACAAAAUUCACAUUGAUCUAAAAAAAAUGGGUCUCUGGCUAUUCGAUUACUUGAGUUGUUUAAAAAUCAGCAUCUCCCCAGGAUUGGUCCUCAUACAGUUGUUAAACGUCAUCACCACUAACUGAGAAUGUUGGCAUGCUAUGAAAUGCUGAACUGCGACCAAUAUGAGGUCAAUCACAUGGAAAGAAUGACAACUGUACUUUGUUUCUUUACCAUUCUGUCAGUGGCAUUAUUUGUAAUAUGCUGAGAAGUGUAAAUAUAUUUUUGUAAUCUCUGA